ACGUUAGUAACCAACUCUUGCAAAAAUUCAUUAAACCAACUCAAAUAAGUGGCUAAAACUUUCACUUUUCUGGUGUCGUAAGCCCUUAAAUUACAAUUGGAAGUGAGCGGUGUCCGUUUUGAUUGUUUAUUCGUAGAAUAUGCCGUAGUAAAGUUUACUCACUCAAUAAAAAAUUAAGGAAAAAUCAGUAGCAUGGAGUACACUACCGAAGAUACGUCAUCGAAGUUUAACAAUCAAACUAAAGUAGAGAACACCUCAGCUUGUACGAAUGAGUAUUGUGUUUCCGACGAGGACUACAUAGAAAUGAUAGAGGCGUACAUAUUUCCCACCCCCUACGAAUGGGUGCUGAUAUCUUUACACAUCACGGUCUUCGCUGUGGGCCUGGUUGGCAACUCGCUCGUAUGUAUAUGGAACCACAGCAUGAGAACCGUCACCAAUUACUUUAUCGUUAAUUUGGCAGUGGCAGACUUUUUGGUGAUUUUGGUUUGUUUGCCACCCUCCGUUCUGUGGGACGUCACCGAAACUUGGUUCUUCGGUGGAGUCAUGUGCAAGUUGGUGCUUUACUUACAGAGCGUGUCUGUCUCUGUGUCUGUCCUCACUCUCACUUUCAUAUCUAUCGACCGGUGGUAUGCCAUCUGUUAUCCUCUCAAGUUCAAGAGCACAUCUGGAAGAGCCAAGGUGGCCAUAUUAAUCAUUUGGAUUACCUCUAUGCUCUUGGUAUUACCGGACGUCAUUGUUUUGGAUACGAAGUUACACCCGGGUUUAAAAGUAGAAACGCACUACUUGACUGAUUGUGCUUACACGUGGAGCGACGAUAACACCCAAAUUUAUCAAUUAGUUAUUGUUCUGAUAUUGUAUGUGGCACCCUUCGCUCUCAUGUCAGUCACUUAUUAUCAGAUUGCUCGUGUUCUUUGGAAUAAAAAUAUCCCCGGAAAUCGAAAUGUUAAGCGUACUGUUACAGUAACGCAAAAUACAAAGAAAGGAACCACUAGAUGCACAACAAAUCAAGAUUCAAUAGAAAGUCAGAUUCGUUCGCGAAGAAAAGCUGCAAAGAUGCUAAUCGCUGUCAUAGUCAUGUUUGGAUUAUGUUACCUCCCAGUUCAUCUCAUAAACACUUUAAGGUAUACAAUAGGGUUGCCACAGACACACACCACAGCAGCAGCAUCUCUUAUAUCGCAUUGGCUGUGUUACGCCAACAGUGCUGUGAAUCCCGUUAUUUAUAACUUUAUGAGUGGAAAAUUUCGAAGAGAAUUCAGGAAAUCAUUUUGUAUGUUAUUCACAAUUCAAGAAUCUGAAAUCAAUAGUCAAACACCGACUUUCAGAUCUCUGAAGAAGUAAUUUGAAAAUAUAAUUCCGAAUUUUUGGUGAUUUUUCUUUUCUUUUUGUAAACACGUGUGUAAAGAUGUUAAUUAUUUCAUUCAUGU